AUGUCUCACAGACACCCCGUGACACCGUUCUUUUCUGCCCAAGCUGAGAUCUUCUCAGUGACUAUCCGCACCUCAUUGGACGAUACAGCAGGAAUUAUGCCAUCGAUGCGCAACCAGAAAACGACGAAGGCACCACUAAUGAUCGAGGGCUGGCUCGAUAGGUGCGGGCGCGUUGGAGGCUAUCACGGCGUCGGCCGAUCGUUACGUCGAGCCGUAGUGGUUUUCCUCAAAUCGCUAGAUCUGGCUAUGAAUUUGCGUGCUUACCGAGACCGCGGCCGCGUCGAAUCUGGCCAAUUGAGCGCCGCUGCACCAUACAGAAAGGUUCCAUCUCAUCCGAUAUCAGUAGUGGAGCGCGGCACGUACUUCGCUGGACAGUGUACGGACAGAUUGAGUUCACCAGGCCUGAAGGAGCAUGGCAAGAUUCAAGUCCCCGAACCCCUGAGCUCAGGAGCAGAGUUGCCGGCUAACGAAGUGAAAAAUUCCAGGGUCCGGGGCGCAGAAUUCCAGAGCUUAACAAUGUCGAAGUGUGAGUCAAUUGCGCCCCUGAAGGCGUUGAGGGACAGGCAGAAAAAAAUCUGCAAUACUCGAGUCGCCAACGUUACCAACAUCCUCUGCUUUGGGCCAAAUCAGGAGUUUGUGCGAAGAAAAUGGCCGACUGGCGAGAGCGACGGGAGCUGCAGGGGAGGCCUGUCCAUUCAAGUCCUUUGCUAUAGCCCGUCUUCGGACAGCCGUGUCAACCAUUUGGAAGAGAAGCGGCGGCAGGAGACGCUUCACGAGAAUCAUACCUACACAACAGUCUCAGGCAUUUGGGCUCCAGUCUCAAUGAUUCCCAAAUCCCUUGGAGGAGCCGCCGAGUAUCGCGCUGAGGUGAGCGUCCACGCCGCCAUGACUAGAAUUGUGCUGGAUGCAGCAAGGCGCAAGUGGUGUCGACCCAAGCAUGUUGAAAAUCCCAAUGGCGAGGGACACAGGCGGCGGGAGAGCCCUCAAGCGAAGGGCCGCUCUCAAACAUGCACAGCCAGGCAUGCUCGCGCCAUAGCGACGAACGAUGUUGGUGUUUGUCGGUUUGCUCGACGGCGUCAGCCGCCUCUCAUCUGCCUCUUCACCUUCAUUUCGGGGUUUGAUGGAAUCAGAUGGUAUCCUUACGCUUGGCCCAUCAUUAUUCAUCGUGGACAAGAAGCACACUCAAGCCGCAAGUGGGUUUACCGAAUGACCCCAGAUGUCAUCAAGCCAACCACCACCCCACCCAUGCGGCCAUUAAAGUGUUGCGUCGAAACGAUAAUUGUCGUUUUCCUUUCUCCGCAUUCUUGGUGGGCUCUCCGUCAUCUCAAACGGGGCGGGCUCGAGGAGCGGCUGACCGAUGAGCAUGGAUUGGCAAGACUGGCCAAUCUUUCUGUAUUCGUACGUCUGCACACUGGUACCACUCCGCAGAUAGUGUGCAUCUCCGUGUCACGUUAUUUCCUUCCCCGCAUUCCUGGCGAGAUGACGGGUGGAGCCAUCCGACGCAUGGCUCGCAUCGACCAACGAAGCCAAGCUUGCCCGCCCACUUGCUUGAAUCCUUGA